AUGGAUCUUGAGAUAGUUGUGGAUGUUUUUUAUGAAUUAGGAAACAAUGAUACUGAUGAAGAUUUUGCAAGUUCAUUAGGACUUGAGAUCGUAAAGGUCUGUGAAAAAGGAGAUAGUUAUUC